UUGCCAGCAGCAUCUCUCUUUGAUCGAAAGCAUUCGGUCCAUCUCUGAGUUCAAGCCUUCAAGGCCUCUUCCUUUCAGCUGUCAGGCGGCCUGUAUUGGACUCCUUUGAAACGUCCAAGCAAGUUCAUCAACCUGCCUUAAAUGAUGCAGUAUCAAAUUUUGCAAAAUGUUCAUCUCUGUGAUUUCAAUGCUACACAUCUUGGCGAAAUUAGGGUUUUGGGUACUGAUUCAUGUAUGAUUCCAGAAAACCAAGCACAAGAGGUGGGAAAGAAUAGUUUGCAAACUUGGUCUUACACCCAUUGUGGCUGAGUUGCAGAGGAAAGGAACUUGACUUGGAAGAGGGUCCAUGAAAGGAGGAAGGAAGAAUCUGAAAAGGGCAGCUGAGGAACAGACCUUGACUCUUCAAGAAGGUCAAAGCAUUAUGCAAGUUGUGUCCCUUCGAGGCUCCAAUCUCAUUGAGGUAAUGGAUGCUCGAGGCGAGAAUUCACUGGCGUUGUUUCCAGCCAAAUUUCAAAAGAGCAUGUGGAUAAAAAAAGGGAGUUUUGUUGUGGUUGAUGAAAGCGGAAGGGAGAAAGCUAUGGAGUCGGGUAGCAAGGUGGCAUGUAUUGUUUCUCAAGUUCUCUUUUAUGAGCAAGUCCGUGUGCUUCAGAAGUCUAUAGAAUGGCCCGAAAUCUUUAAAUCAACACUCCUGCAUGAUUCUAAUGGAACCUCCUUGCAUAGUAACACCUCCCAACAAGAAGAGUUUAAAUCAACAGCCCGGCAUGAUUCUAAUGGAAACUUGCAUUGUAGCACCUCCCAACAAGAAGAGGAUGAAUCCAACUCCAGUGAUGAUGAUGGUCUACCCCCAUUAGAAGCCAAUAUGAAUAGAAUCAGACCAUUAGAAUUGCAGUCAGAUGCAGUGUCAGAUUCAGAUUCAGAUUCAUAAGUUAAUAUAGGUUGAUGAUAAUGGAGAUGGGAGUUUAACAAUGGACAAUGAAUCUAAUGAUCAAAUCAUGGAGGCAUUGAAGAUGAUCUCCAUGAACAACUUUGGCAUGGGCACUGUUUGAUCAGGAUGAUGAAGAUUCAAUCUCCCUUAAUGGCGUAGAUUCAUUUUGCUUGUACCCAACAUAUUGGUUAAAAAUCUUUGCAAGAAAGAUGUAGCGUCCGUUUGGAAACCAUUUUUAGAACAUCUCUUAAAAAA